UUAGCAAUCCAGAAGAGAAAGGGUAUUUUCUUACCUAAAGGGCAAUUAAGGGGGAAUCAAAGGGGAACUGUGUGAAAGAGAUAAUCUCUGAUUUCUUAAAAAGACAAGGAAGUAGGAAAAGAAAGGGAAGGAGUGAAGGAAAGGACAGAGAUAUUACUGUAGUGAGAAAAAUUGAUAGUUUUUAAGGGGUCAUUUGGUGGCCAUGGAUCCAACGUGCUCUUCUGAGAGCAUUUAUAACCUCAUACCCAGUGACGCGAAGGAGCCUCCCCAGCCUCCUAGGUACAUAUCAGUUUUUAAGGCAUCUGUGAAAGAUGACAUUCAGAAAACGAAAACUGCAAUGAAAACUAUGGGACCAGCAAAAGUCCAAGUCCCUUCACCUAAGGAUUUCCUAAAGAAACACUCAAAGGAAAAACCUCUACCACCCAAAAAAAAGUUUGAUUGGAAUGAACCUAGAAAGCCACCUGUGCCACUGAGGAGUGAACACCCUGUCAUGGGAAUACAAAGUGGAAAAAAUUUUAUAAAUACAAAUGCAGCUGAUGUCAUUAUGGGCGUGGCUAAAAAGCCUAAACCAAUAUAUGUUGACAAAAGAACUGGAGACAAGCAUGAUCUUGAAUCAUCAGGAUUAGUUCCAAAGUUCAUCAAUAAAAAGGAUUACGGCACCACACCUGAAUAUAUAUGUAAGCGAAAUGAGGAAGUGAAGAAAGCCCAGGAAGAAUAUGACAUUUAUGUAAAGGAAAACCUUAGAAAGGCAGCUAUGAAAAGGCUCUCCGAUGAAGAAAGGGAGGCGGUUCUACAGGGGCUGAAAAAAAACUGGGAAGAGGUGCAUAAAGAGUUCCAGUCCCUCUCGGUGUUCAUAGAUUCCAUACCGAAGAAGAUUCGCAAGCAGAAGCUGGAAGAAGAAAUGAAGCAACUAGAACAUGACAUUGGUGUCAUUGAAAAGCAUAAAAUUAUUUAUAUUGCCAAUAAGUAA